AUAUCAAAUUCUCACACUAUAAUUCAACUCACACUCAAAAACAAAUCAAUUGAAUAACAAAAUAUAAUCAAAAUGUCAAUAUGUAUUGACGAUACAAUCAGGAUCCGAGAAGUAUGGUCCGAAAAUCUAGAAUCCGAAUUCGAAAUGAUCCGAUCCGUGAUAGAUUGCUAUCCGUACGUCUCAAUGGACACCGAAUUUCCCGGCGUCAUUUUCCGGCAAUCAUCAGAUCCGGCGAAACAGUACACGCAUCGCCGGCCGUCAGAUCAGUACGCGCUUCUUAAAUCAAACGUCGACGUUUUAAACCUGAUUCAGCUCGGUCUUACUCUCACUGACGCCGCCGGUAACCUGCCGACGGACAACAAGCGCCGCCGUUUCAUCUGGCAGUUCAAUUUCAACGGUUUUGAUUUGGCGCGUGAUCAACACUCGCCUGAAUCUAUAAACCUUUUGAAACGGCAAGGGAUUGAUUUUGAACGGAACCGAGUUGACGGUGUUGACUCGGACCGGUUCGCUGAGUUGAUGAUGUCAUCCGGUUUGGUUUGUAAUGACUCAGUGAGUUGGGUGACGUUUCAUAGCGCGUAUGAUUUUGGUUAUUUGUUGAAGAUACUCACGCGCCGUGAGCUUCCACGUGAGUUGCACGCGUUUUUGGAUAUAUUGCGAGUGUAUUUUGGGGAAAACGUUUAUGAUGUGAAGCAUUUGAUGAAGUUUUGUAAGCAAAAUUUGUAUGGUGGGUUGGACCGGGUUGCGAGUAUCUUGGAUGUGAACCGGGUCGUUGGGAAAUGUCAUCAGGCCGGUUCGGACAGUUUGUUGACGUGGCAUGCUUUUCAAAAGAUGAGAGACUUGUAUUUUGCUGACGUCGUGAUGGAAAAUUAUGCGGGUGUGUUGUAUGGAUUGGAAGUUUAUUAGAAGAUUAAUAAUUAGGGAUUUAGAAUCGUUUUUUUAACAGCUGAAUUUUAUUAAAACAUAAUAACUAGUCGUAAAGGAUACAAUCACAAAGUAUUUAGAUACUCGUACGUUUUAGUGAGAUCAAGUUAGUACAUUAGCCAAGUAAAGUAUCAAUUGAUUCGUUCGUUACUGUCAUAUUCUACAUCUUUAGGUUGGAAUUUCACAUAUUUGCUUAUUUGUUUUA